GAGGAAAGGAAGACGAUGGAGCCAGGCAGGACUCAGAUAAAGCUUGACCCCAGGUACACGGCAGAUCUUCUGGAGAUACUGAAAACCAACUACAGUGUUCCCGCCGCCUGCUUCUCUUACCCUCCCACUGCAGCCCAACUUCUGAGAGCAUUGGGUCCUGUGGAGAUUUCCCUCACGGUCAUCAUGACCUUGCUUGUCCUGGGCUCAAUCGCCAUCUUCCUGGAGGAUGCUGUCUACAUACACAGGAACACUCGCUGCCCCAUCAAGAGGAAGACUCUUCUCUGGAUGAGCUCUGCACCCACGACAGUGUCUGCAUUCUGCUGCUUUGGUCUCUGGAUCCCUCGUGCCCUCACACUUGUGGAAAUGACCAUAGCCGCGUUUUACUCAGUGUACUUUUACCUGCUGAUGCACGUCAUGGUGGAAGGCUUUGGUGGGAAGGAGGCAGUAAUGAGGACACUGAAGGACACCCCAGUGAGGAUCCAUACAGGCCCCUGCUGCUGCUGCUGCCCCUGCUGCCCCAAAAUCAUGCUCACCAGCAAGAAGCUUCAGCUCCUGAUGUUCGGCCCCGUCCAGUAUGCCUUCCUCAAGAUAACACUGAGCCUAGUGGGCCUGUUUCUCGUCCCUGAUGGCAUCUAUGACCCAUCAGACAUUUCUGAGAGGAGCACAGCUCUGUGGAUCAACACUUUCCUCGGUGUGUCCACUCUGCUGGCUCUGUGGGCCCUGGGCAUCGUUUUCCGUCAAGCCAGGCUGCACCUGGGCGAGCAGAACAUGGGAGCCAAAUUCUAUCUCUUCCAGGCGCUCCUUAUUCUGUCUGCCGUGCAGCCAGCCAUUUUCUCAGUCUUGGCCAACGGUGGGCAGAUUGCUUGUUCGCCGCCCUUUUCCUCUAAAAUCAGGUCUCAAGUGAUGAACUGCCAUCUCCUCAUCCUGGAGUCCUUUCUGAUAACUGUGCUGAUACGAAUGUACUACCGAAGGAAAGACAGCAAGGUUGGGUAUGAACCUUUCUCUUCUCCAGAUCUGGAUUCAAACGUCAAAGCCUGAGGUGGAUGACUUGGACAAUCAAAGAGACACUGUACUCAUUAGAUGGGCACAAGAUUUCUUUACUGACCCCCAACCUUGACCAAAUGGGGGUGGUUUCCAUUGUCAGCACAAGCUGGCAGAUCAUGUACACUUGACUAUAGAGACAAAUGUGAACUAUGCGAUAGGAUGAAAUUGUUUUGGAUCUGGCCUGAGGAAGGUAUUUUAAGUUUUAUAAUAAACAGGAUGGAGUUUGAUAUUCUA